AUGCUCGGGCGACGUGCAGUUUCCGUUCAGCGGUUUUUAUCGCGAGCUGCUAGACAAGUUAGCACAAAAAAAUUCACAUUGUUGCAGUUCACCUAAAAAAAUGUUUUCAGAGCGUUAGUGCUGCGUCUGCUCAGUCGAAUCUCCAGGGUAAGCAAUGGUUUUGGCUUCUUCUGACGAUUGUGAGAAAACAAUUUUUCAGCUAAAGCACAUCUUCUGGAGCCACUCGUUCAGAAUGUGCGUCUCACUUCCACCGCCAAGUUCCACAUGAGCGCCAUCAGAAGUCUGUAUUCUUCCCAUUUUCUUACAAAUUGAAUAUUUUUGCAGUGAGCGACGUGAUCACUGUCGAGGGACCUGCUUUCGCCGAGUCCAUCUCGGAGGGAGACAUCAGAUGGCUCAAACAGAAGGGAGAUCAUGUGAACGAGGACGAGCUCGUCGCUGAGAUCGAGACCGAUAAGACUUCAGUCGAAGUGCCAGCCCCACAGGCCGGAACUAUCGUCGAGUUGCUCGUCGAAGACGGAUCCAAGGUUACUGCCAAGCAAAAGCUCUACAAACUUCAGCCAGGAGCCGGAGGAGGUGCCGCUGUAAGCUUUCCUCGAAAAAUUUCGAAAUUUCACCGGUUCUUUUCUUCUUUUCUAGCCAGCCAAGGAAGCAGCUAAACCUGCCGCCGUCCCCGCAGCUCCAGCCCCAGCUGCUGCUCCAGCUGCUCCAUCAACCCCGGCUCCACCAAAGCCGGCCGCUGGCGAGAUCCCGAAGGCCGCUCCGCCAGUAGCUCGUCCUCCAUCCGCCCCGUCUUCGUCUACCCCGGUCGGAGCUGUGCCAGUGACUCGCGUCGUCGUUCCGAAGGGGGUCGAUCCGUCGCACGCCAUCACCGGAGCUCGUGAUGAGGUCCGCGUCAAGGCGAACAGAAUGCGCAUGCGCAUUGCUCAAAGACUGAAGGAUGCGCAGAACACGUACGCCAUGCUCACCACCUUCAAUGAAAUCGACAUGACGUGAGAAAACAUUCAAUACUUUCGUUUCAAAUUCUUUAGUUUUUCAGUAGCGUCAUCGAGAUGAGAAAGACCUACCAGAAGGAGUUUGUGGCGAAGCACGGAGUCAAGCUAGGAAUGAUGUCUCCAUUUGUCCGUGCUACCGCUUACGCCCUCCAGGAGUCGCCAGUUGUCAACGCCGUCCUUGAUGAGAACGAGAUUGUCUACCGUCACUUUGUCGACAUCUCCGUUGCUGUUGCCACCCCGAAAGGACUCGUCGUCCCCGUUUUGAGAAAUGUCGAGAGCAUGAACUACGCCCAGAUUGAGUUGGAACUGGCUAACCUCGGAGUGAAGGCCCGUGAAGGAAAGUUGGCUGUGGAAGACAUGGAGGGAGGAACAUUCACCAUCUCGAACGGAGGAGUCUUCGGAUCGAUGUUCGGAACGCCGAUCAUCAACCCACCACAAAGUGCCAUCCUCGGAAUGCACGGAGUGUUCGAUCGUGUCGUUCCAAUCAACGGAAAGGUAUAUUUGCAGGGACUUCCUUCUCACAUUUUCUUUUUGCAGCCGGAGAUCCGACCGAUCAUGCAGAUUGCUCUGACCUACGACCACAGACUGAUUGACGGCAGAGAGGCAGUCACUUUCCUCAAGAAGAUCAAGACGGCCGUCGAAGACCCGCGAACCAUGUUCAUGAACAUCUAA